AUUAAAUUCAUUGUGAUGAUACAUAUAUGAAGAAUUCUAAGGAUGAUCUUCAGCUUUAUACUGAUUCUUGUUUAUCAGUUACAGGAGAAUAUCAGUGCACAGGAAGAUAAAUACACAUGCAAGAAUCAAGAUGGUACCUACAAAUGCUGUUCUGGUUUUUAUUUGUUUAAUAACCGUUGUAUUGAAUGUUUUGGAGCAUAUGGAGAAAACUGUUCAAAACCAUGUGCAAAGAAUUCCUACGGUUACAAUUGUAAAGAAACCUGUAACUGUACAGAGAACAAAGUUUGCAAUAAAUACUUAGGAUGUCAGCAGAGUUGUUCAUGCAAUACAAAGAAAAAAGACUGUGGUGAGAGCGGUAUACUAGUUCUGGUGAUUGGACUUGGAUCCGUUACUCUGUCAGCUUCUCUGGUGUUUGUUGGUAUAAUGUUUUGUCGAUGGCGGAUACAUUUGCAGAGAACAUUUAAAAUCAGUGAGGACAACACAAGUGGUAAAAUAUAAUUUUAGAUCGUAACAGUUGUAUAUGUAUUUUAAUAACAUUAGGGAAAAU